GAUCUGGAUCAAGCGCGCUGUGAAAGACCGCAGGGAAAGGUCUUGCAUCCAGAAAUUCCAGAGAGGGUCAAACAGACCGAUGACUGGUCUGCAUGGGCCCCAGGACUCAAACACGCCCUGAGGGAUCACCAACCUCCGCUCCAAGAGCCGCCCACGGAAGUGGUGGAAGCGCCAGAUUGGGGGGAGGGUUUGGAGGAAUCUGAGUUCCCAUUGGAGGGAGAAGAAGAAUCUGGGUCACCAGAGCUCGGCGACGAAGUUGCCAAAGCGUCCCACGAUCCAGCCAAUGCUCCGGGGGCUGACCCUGAAAUUGGGGGGGAGGCAUCCCCUGAGAAGUCAGGUGACUGGGUUGAUGAGGAGAUCAGCAAGUGCAGCCGACCUCUGAAACUCAAACAUGUGACCAUGGUAGAACCGGUUCAGUCGCGAUCUACCACCGUAGUGCUCAACGCGCUAUCACAAUUGGUGGUUCGUAUGAAGUCAUAUGGCAUCAAUGUGAAUCGUCUCCACUCCGAUCGGGCCAAAGAACUGAUUGGUAGGCAAACAGCUGUCUGGUGUGCAAAAAAUGGUCUCAGACAUACCUUUGGUGGUGGCGAUGACCCCGCCAAUAAUGGUCAUGUCGAAGCGGAAAUCAACCAACUGAAACGCAGAACCAGGCUUUACCUGCGGAAUGCUGGGUUUACAAACGAUGAGUGGCCCACCGCUCUCCGGUACUCGGCCGAAGAGAGAAUGAGGGUCCAAUUGAGUGCCCUGGGUGUCACCAUGAUGCCCAUGCUUCCGUAUGGUGCUUCUGUGGUUGUGAAAAGGAAACGAUGGCAUUCCCCUGGAGUACUUGCUCCUCCGUAUGUCAAUGCCACGCUUCUCACUGCUAGCCCCAAUAUGAGUCAAGGUUGGGUCGUGCGGUCGGAAGCGGGGCAGGUGCUCCAUGUAAGAGAGGCCAUUCUGCCUGCAUCCCUGGGAGAGCAGGUUGCCAUGGAAUUGCGGGAAGAAUCGGCUGCUUUGCCGCAACUGGAAGAAAGAGAUGACAAUGGAGCGGUAGCGGAACCCUCACGACGAAGGCUCGUGGGCAAACAGCCGCCGUCCAACCGGUCAGGGAUCGCUUUGCCAGACCGCGAAGCUUAUGGUCCUGUUCAACAGGUUGUUGUAGACUCAACCGUCAACAGGGAUGACUUUGAACAAACGGGGGAGGCACCAGCGCAAUUAGGCUUUCUACCAGCCGAGUUGCCAGCGGAUGCGCCUUACUCUCCUAGUUUGGGCCCUGAAGACACUGCAGACCUCGAGCUCCCGGAGUUUGCCUCUGGGGGGAGGGUCUCGGCACUCGAGCUUCCGGAGGUUGCCUCCGGGGGGGAGUCUCUUUCGGCGCUGAAUGUGCCUGACUUGGAAAAAAUUAUAGUGAGAAAAAUCCGCAAGGAACAAGCGGAAGGGGUUCUGUUGGGAAGCCACAAUCGGCUUCUGAUGGGCUUGAGUGAAGCAUUGAGACGGGUCCCAACGAGUGAACAGGAGGGACUGGAAUACGGAAAACAGCUCCGUUACAUGCUUCAAGAUCGCCUGGAGCUGGAAGAAAUGCUCCAAGUAUUGUCAAAACUGCAAAAGGCGGACAUGAUUCGACUGUGCAGACUGAGAACCGAGGGGAUCCCGAAGAAUGGUGAAGGGGAUCAGGAAGAAGUUCUUCAGUCCACCACAGUGGCACUGGAAGAAGUCAGAAGGGAUUUGGCCGCUUGGACUCCUGCAAUGCAGGGGGAAUACAAUAGCCUUGUGAAGGAGACUCAAGCCAUCGAGCCGGUGUCGGUUUGCGACCUGGACGAUGAGCAGGUUGAGUACGUCCCAGGAAAACUGGUGUGCGUACGCAAGGCGGGGAAAAAUGGUGGACGGAAAAAGUGCAGAGCAGUGAUCUGUGGAAACCUGCUGGACAGUGCCUGGGAUCCAGCGCCCAGUGGAGCCUACGCUUCAGGGGCUGAUGGAACAAUGAUCCGAGCUGUGAUCAACCAUGGAGUCCAACGAAACUGGGGGGCAUCUGUCACAGAUAUACGCACAGCAUUUCUGCUCGCGCCGCGUCCGAAGCCUGAAGGUGGACGAGAGGUCAUAGUCGUACCGCCAAAGGUGAUGAUACAAGCGGGAGUAAUCCCGGCAACCGAAAGGUGGAGAGUGCAUAAAGCGCUUUACGGAUUCACUUCGAGCCCGGCGCAUUGGUCAGCGCACAGAGAUCGAACGAUGAAAACCUUUCAAUGGCUGGAAGGUGAAUGGAUGUUUUACCUUCGCCCGACGGAGGAAGCAAAUCUCUGGAAGAUUUGGAAGGUUAAGGCCGCGGAAGAAGGCCGUGAAGAGGUGGGUCAAGGAAUCUUAGAGUACUUGGCUGGAACUCCUGACUUGGGAUUGAUGUACGAAGGAAGGCAGGGCGACAGGGGGCCGGAAGGCAACUUGCCGAUCCCUAGGAACACUGAGGUCGGUGACCGAGAGCCUGAGAACCAAGACUUCUUGCCUGAUGUGGUCGCUGGUGCCGAGUUGGAAUGGCGCGAGACGGAGACCGCUGACGAGCUCAGGGUGAAGGCCGCUACGGUAGUUUCUUCCUUGAAAAAAUGGGUCAAUGUGCCCAUCGUAGGUGAGGUGACCGAAAAGGUCAAGGCUUUUGUAGCUGUGGUUUUCACUUUGGUGGUGAUGUCAUUGGUUGUACGGCUGAAGAGAUUGGAGAAUCCGGACUGGCCAGGGUUAAAUCAACAGUCUUUAGACGACCUUUCUUCAAUCUUGGAAGCUCUAGGUACCUUGGAUGAGAUGAUCAACGAGGAAAAACAAGCAAGAGCCAUUGGCCGACAAGAUUUUCAAGAGGGCUGCCCCGGGUCGUUCAGAGCUUGCGCAUUGCGUUUGUGCGACGCCAUGGCAAGCACGACUGGUGAUGGAGCUGGAGGAGAUGAACCUGACGAAGAUCGGCCGGACAAGUCCUGGGUAAAGGGCGACUAUGAGCCGGAGCCUUCGAAGAAGAAAAAAAAGAAGAAGAAGAAGGGCAAAGGGCACCGACAUGAAGGUGAAGGGGAAACUGCGGAGGAUCAGUUGGAGUCCUUCAAGAGAGCCAAAAAGGAGGAGCCAAUCCCCGUCGCAGUGCCUGCUGAGACCCGUUCCGAACCUUCAGCAGACACCGAAGAUGACUGGGGAAAGUGGAGAGGAAAUAGAGGGGACCGAGAGCCAACUGAAGCGCCUGAAGCUCCGGAAGCUGCUCCAGGAACGCCAGUGGUGAUCUUGGGAGAAGCGGUGCCUACCACACCACCGCUAUACCCCUUGGUUGAUGCUGCUAGACAUGGUAGCUUCAGGCCCCCGGAACCAAAGAAUCCGCCGAGGACUUCUUCAACGGCGGGCUCUACGGCAACAGCUGCUGGGCCGACAACAGAUGUUGGACCAACUACGGAUGCUGGGCCGACAACAGAUGUUGGACCGACUACGGAUGCUGGGCCGACAACAGAUGUUGGACCGACUACGGACGCUGGGCCGACAACAGAUGACGGACCUUCGAGCUCCAGAAGCUCGAUGAACCUUCCUGGGCAUUUGGUGUCCUACUCAGCGCGAGGUUUUGGCAGAAGGACCGUGGAAUGGGGGUACUACACUCCUGAAGGUGAGCCAAUGGUGAUUGUGCCAGCUUCACCUGAUCGGUCCGAAGAGCACGAAGAGUGGAAAAAGAAAAAAGAGGAGGAGAUCGAGAGGUUGCCGGUCAUCGAAAGGGGACCGCGUGAUCCACCACCAGAUCCUCCUGCACCUGCCUUGAAGUUGGCCGCGCUGAGGAUGCCGUGCAGCACUGGCCGCGACGAAGGUCAUGGCCGACGUCAGCAGGGAGAAGAAGGCCAAGCCGAUGAAGAGGAACCCUGGGAACGUGCUGAGUUCCAACAGCCGCCCUCGGGAAAGAAGGAUGGAUGGACGCCACAGCUAAGGGGCUGGGUGGUGAGAAAACAUGGAACCAUGCGAGAGCGAAGGUUCCACCCGCUGCACCGUGGUGUUCCGUUCGACCCCAACGGCUUGGAAGCGCUGCGGGUGACCGUAGCCUUUGGACAGGACGGUCGAAGAACUGUCCACCGAGAUCGAUGGUCGGAUGGACCUAGGGAUCUCUUUCCCACCAAGGAGUCUUGGAGGGGCUUCACGUUCUUCAAGCUGAAGAGCCUGGAGGGAAACCAGGACGGUAUCGGACAGGUACCUCGCUACCAUGCGGGGGAAGAUGGUCCUUUACCGUAUUUGCCAACUCAGGAACCUUUUGGGCCUACAACGACUUCGAGCUCUACCUCGAAUGCUGCUGCGGAACCUUCGAGCUCUACGGCUGCGGCUGCUGCUUCUGGCGCUGUUCUGCGCUGGGGCUACCGCCGAGGAGGCGCUGCUGAGAGGGGCCGAGUAGUUGUACAGGCUGGUUCUCAGACCCCGCGACCUCCCGCCAAUGCCGAAGAAACUAGCGGCGAGUGGAGCGUCAUAGAGGAGGUCUGA